GUUAUGGCCUUGGGAAAGAAAGAAGCAGAAGUACCAGUAGUGCUCCCUAAUUAAAAAGAAAGAAAAGAAUAAAUAAAAAGGAAUGUCAUCUUGGUUCUCGCUUCCCACCCCUUUUAAAUCCCCAGACGACGACGAUGAGAACCCAUCCGCACCGGAUCCGAGCCUGCCCGCCCUCUUCCGCGGCGUCGCUUCCUUCCUUGCACCGCCUCCGGCGGGCUCUCCCUCCGCCGAUGGCGGCGACGACCUUUCCGCGUCAGAGAGCUCGCAAGCAAUUGCCGGAAUCAGGAGUGAUUUGGCCGAGAUUGGAGACAGCUUCAAAUCGAGCCUCUCCUUGUUGUCCUCCAGCAAGGCUGUUUCUGAGAUAUCGAAGCUUGCCUCCAAUUUCUUGAAUUUCAAGGACGAUGAAGUGAAAGAGGAGCUCGAGGAGGAGGAGGAGGAAGAAGAAGAUGAGGAGGAUAUGAUUGGAAUUACCGAUGAAGUGGUUGACUUUGUGAGAACUAUUUCCGAGCGACCCCAGCUAUGGACUGAUUUCCCUAUCAGCUUACCUGAUGACUUUCAUAUCUCUGAUAACCAAAAAGAGCAUGUUGAAACUAUUGAGCAAUUGGUGCCAAGUCUUGGAGCCUUAAAGCAAAAUCUCUCCAACCAUUUAAAAGAUGAGCAGUUUUGGAUGAUUUAUUUUAUACUAUUGCUUCCUCGGUUGGACGACAAUGAUUUGGAGAUCCUUUCAAGUCCUGAGAUUGUCAGAGUCAGGGAGAUGCUUCUACAGGAGCUUCAAAGUAAGAAAAAUACACAGUCUGCGCCUGCAAAUGAACCUGAGACCCUGCAAAGGCCUAUAGAUGGUGAAAAGCAACCGCGAAAUACAGACACUGCAGCCGAGCCUGGGAGCUCUAAGAACCAAACCAAAGAUGCAGAGGAUGUUUCGUUUAGUGAUCUGGAGGAUGAUGAUGAUACUGAUUCUCACAACAAGAAAGUUUCAUCAUCCAGUGAUUCCCCUGAAUGGAUUCAAUUAAAGGAAAAUUCCAACGUUCGAGCGACUCAACAAAUCACCAGUCAGUCCACUUCCCGUGGGAAAGAUUCCGAAGGUGAAGAAUCCGGAGACUGGCUCACUGUGGAUGAUACUGAUUUCGACAGUUUGGAGGCCAUGUAAGAAAGACACACACACUAAACUCGCGCACACGCAAGCACACACUAAACUAUCCUGAAAUAGCGAAUGGGAUCUUCUGUCCCACUCCCUGUACCAAUUACAAACCAUCCGUGAUUGAUUGAUAUAUUGAUUAAUUAGUAAAUUUGAGAUCUUUAU